UAGUGACCAAUUUACGCAUUCUGAUAGUGGACAUUCGGCACGUCAGUCCUGGAAUUUAUAGUAUAUAUAACUUAUAGCCAGCACUGAGGGUUGUUUGACGAACUAUGGAAUUGGUUGUGCACGUUAUUCUUUCCAUUCUUGUGAUUUUUAAUUCAGUUCAAGGUUCACACCGUCACACAAAUGGACAUCAAUCAAUACUUCAACAGUACAACGAUGGACAGGGACAAAUGUCUGGUUCCCGUACUAGAAAACAUAUUUUCUCUUACCGAAAUCCAAAUUUACUAGUUGAAUCCAAACCAUUGAAUUCAGGACUUAAAACGGGUAUAAGACAUAGAUUCUCAUAUGCAAAUGCUAAUAGGGAGUUUCCGCUACCAGCCACACGACCAUUUAUUCCACAGAAAAUGAAAAUCGUUGAAGCUGCUCCAUUUUCAAACGUUUUGAAACCAAACAUGAAAAUAGCAAAGUCAGACAUUGUGAAACUGAACACGAACAUUGCCAAGACAGUACCAUUAUCCGGUAUAUCUGCUGAUCCUAUUGAUUCUCUUAUGAGGAAAAAUAAAGACCUUGUCGGAUCAAUUGAACAGUUAAUUGUAGAUGCUUUAGUUGAUGGACCACCUGCUGGCAAUAUAGACAAUAGUCCAUCUGUCGGCAAUAUAGACAAUAGUCCAUCUGUCGGCAUUACAAAUAAAGGUCCAUCUGUUGGCAAUAAAAAUAAUGGUCCAUAUGUUGGCAUUACAAAUAAACAUCCAUCUGUCGGAAUUACAAAUAAAGGUCCAUAUGUCGGCAAUAGACAUAAUGGUCCCUCUAUCGUCAAUACAAAUAAUGGUCCAUUUGCCGGUAAUAUAAAUGAUACACCAUAUGUUGUACAGAAAGAAACUAAAUCAGUAAAGAAAUCGGAAAAAACUAAUGUUGUCAAAGUUAAAACUGUUAACAAAGAAGCUGUUACCAACAAAUUAGGAAAGACCACGAAAAACACAGAUACGAUGGGCAAGAACGUGAAACAUCAUGGAAAGUUUGUUAAAGAUGUGAUUAAAUCUGAUCUAAGGACAACGAAAAAAAUCAAUAAGCAUAUUGAUAAAAAAAUAUCUGAUUCAAAUAAUUCAUCGCAGAGUGUUAGUCCAAAACCGGAAAAAGGAGAAGGAAGCUUGAAAGCUGGUCCAAAAUCGGAAAAAGUAGAAGGGAGCUCGAAAGCUGAACCAGUGGAACCAACAGAAGCAGUACGGACAGAAGCACCAACAACCCAAGAACCGGUUGAGCCAUCUGGUCGUGAACUAUAUUUUGCCGAUGAAUAUUGUGUAUGCAUGACCUGGUGUCCUCCAGGAACUGAAUAUAGGGGACGUUGUGGACAUCGUUGGUCAUAUGGACUGUCAACAUGCUGUAUACCAUCAUACUACGGUUACGACGAUGAUGGAGAUUACGAUUAAUUUUACAGAUAAAUAUGUAAAAAGUAUGUGGAUUGUACCGGCUUAAAGCCAUAUAACUUCAAGGAUUGUUUGAAUCGUUCCGCCACUGAUGUGUUCCAUGUUGGAUCUUUUCAUUGGUUCGAAAUCGUUUGAUAAAACUACUAGAAGGCGUAGAGAUUUGACAUUUCAUUCAUUUUUAAGACUUUCCCCCCUUUUGCUGAACUGUUAAUUUGUAUCCUUUAACAUUCUCAUUCUAAAGUCAAAAUGAUAAUCAACAUUGAAAAAUUAUCUAUUAAAUAUUUUAAAUGUGAGGUUAAAAAUAUCACUUUGGUCUAAAACUAAACGGAUAUUCGAUAAAAUGACAGAAUUGAAAACUUAUAACAAGUACUGCUUUUUAAUGACGGAUAAAAUGGUAAAAUAUAACGAAGUUUCGUCAUUUUAAAUCAAUGAAAAAGUACAACAGACUGAGUCAAUCUUAAUGUGAAUUGUUAUUUCUUUAAUUUAAAAAAAACAUAUACUUUUUCUGGAAGACAAAUAAAUUGGAUUGAAUGUGAAAAUAAAGAUAAUUACAAUACUUCAAAUCAAUAGGCAGACUAUAGACUACAUGUUAUAAGGAAGUUAUGAUCAUAAAAAAUGUGUACAAAAAAUGACUAGAAAUAAAGUAGAAAGUGAAAAUAGGAAUAGAAUAGCCAUUAUAAUAAUAUCGAUAGAAGCAAGCUUCGAAUUAGUAUUUUUGCAAAAGUCGAAAGGUAUUUAAAUUAUUACCUUGAGUGCGCGCGACUUUUUCAGUCAUUUUGUAUAAAAGUGCAUGCAUUUAUUUAUAUAUCGAAUACAUUUUUGUAAUUACCACUUUGUUGUUGUUGUUGUUGCAUAAACAAUUGAAAGUUUAAGCAAUUUUAAAAUCCUACUAGGUUGACGUCUAUCAGUUUGUUCAUGAAUUGUGUUUUGUUUGUAAUCGAAAUUACGAAUAAAUAUAAGAAUAAAAGUCAUUUUCACAA